UCCCAUCAUCAGCAAUGUGCCUGAUUUCAUUGUUAUUUCGGGUCGUUGAACUCUACCAGUUGACCCAACUAAAAGUGGUAUGUGACAAGUGUGUGCUACUCAAAGUUAAUACUUCUAGUUGGUGUCUAUUUUGUGCUCUAGUUUUCUGCUCUUUUGAUGCAGAGCCAUUCUGAUGCUUUCUCUGCUGUUCUUGUGAUAGAAUUAAUGAAAAAAGUUUAUACCCACUGUAUUACCUGAUUUAGAUUUGGUGGAUAUAUACUGGCUAAAUAUGGCUCCAUGUUAUAGUAUUGGAGAAAUGACUUUGUAAAUGUUCAGCUGUAGGACAUCAGCAUGUAAAUAAAUAAAUAGGGCAUAUAAAUGCACAUUUAGUAAUAUCAUACUUUUGAAAAGUUUUUUGGUUGUUACACAUACAUGUAUAUUUUUGGAUGGAUUCAAUGUAUUAAAUUGACAUUUUAUGAGUAUUUUCGUUGCACUUCUCUGCAUAAACAAAAUACUGGAAUUUUAGAUUUAAGCAUUUGUAAUCUUCUCUCCAGUAAUAAAUGCUAUCUUGGUAUUACAUUGCAAAUUUUGUACAUUGACAUAUCCUUGUAGGAGUAUAAGGCUUUUUCAUUCAGUAUGGAAUGGUCAUUUAUGGAAAACAUAUUUUAUAUCAAAAAUUGUUAUUAUGGUAAAAUCCUCAUAUAUUAAAUUUUUCAGUAUAUAUAGUGUUAUUUCAUCCAUUUCAAAGCAUUGGCUAAAAACUGGAUUAUGUAACUAAUGGAGUGAGCUUUAGCUUCAUACAAUAGUAUGACCUCACUGAGCCAAGUAUAUUUAUAUAAUAAAUUGAAUGAGAAGGAAUAUUUCCAUGAGAUUACAUUUAUAAAUUGUAAUAACAGUUCACCUUGUGUAGUUAUAGGUAAACUGAUUUGGAAGACUUAACCUGUAUUAUUCUGAAUUACAAUUUAAUGGGGAUGCACAAAUGAGUGAUAUAAACUGCAAUGAGCCUAAUGAAGUCAUGAUGAUACAUGAACAUUUAUUGGAGUUCAUUAACUUAAGCAUUGUGUUCAGGAAAUGAAUGCCUGUCCACCAGGAAUAACUUAGAGCAGAUAUAUUGUUGAUUUAUAAUAAACUUACUAAAAACUCAUUACCGAAAUGGAUUUUAUUAUUUAUAUUUUAAAUUAUUUAUGGUUUGGAUUGUUUAAUAUCUGUAAUCCCCAUUAGUUAGAUCUGUUGGACAAAAUGGAGGAGAUUAUCAACUUAAACAUAGGGGGUGCAAAAUUUAGCACAACCCUCGAAACAUUAAAGAAACUUCCAAACACGAGAUUAUGUGAUCUGGCUAUUCACAUCGAAAAAGCCGCACAAAACAUAAAACACAAUGGGAUCACCAUCCAUGAUUUAGAAAGCAUGCCAGAAAAUGAAAUAGAUGUUAAAGAAAUUAAGAAAUCUGAAUUUAAAAGUGAAAAACAAGAUCAACCUAAGGCAGUAUUGGAAUACAUCAAAAUUGAAGAAAAUGAAUAUUUUUAUGAUCGGGAGCCUGAAGUGUUCAGAUGUGUAUUAAACCUUUACAGAACUGGACAUCUGCACAUUCCUAGUUAUUUAUGUACACCAAUGGUUCGUACAGAAUUGAAGUUCUGGCAAAUUGAAGAAAUACUCAUAGGCCCGUGUUGUCUGAGUUCAUACAAGAAGUUUGAUGAUGCAAAGGUCAUCAUUAAGGAGAUAGAGAACUUCUUCCAAGAAGAUGUUUAUAAAGAAACAAGUCCUGAUCAACAUGGUAGUACAAGCCUAAGAUUGCGGAUUGCAAUUUGGAAGUUCUCGACUGACCCAGACUCAUCAGCAGCUGCAAAGGUGUGGUUGCUUAUCCAGUGGCUGAUCAUUAUAGCCUCAUUCAUCAUAAUUGCCUUGGAGACUAUACCUGCUACAAGAGUUCUGAUUCCUACAAAUGAAACUCAGAUUGAAGAUCAUGAAUUUGAUGUUCUACUUCAAGAUAAAGAAUUUAGAAUUAAUAGAACUAGUAUAAAUUCUGCGUUGUAUUUCACUGACAUUGCGAUUAUGUUCUUCAUGUUGCUAGAGCUGACGAUUAAGUUCACAUGUGCACCGAGUAAACUGAAAUUUCUCAAAUCCAUGAGUUGUAUAUUUGACAUGCUGGCAGUUUUCCCUCAAUUUGUAACUUUUUUGAUUCUCUUUAUCAAUCCUGAUUUGAUCUUGGAAAACAGAGUUUUUGAAACUUUCUUCAUGGUAAUGUGGUUAUGCAGACUGUUUAGGAUUGGCCGUUUCAUGGUUGUGAUGAAGAAAGUUUCAGGAUUUAGAAUAAUGUGUCUUUCUCUCAAGUCUAGUUACAAAGAGUUGGCUCUGCUCGUCCUUUGCAUCUCAUUUGGCAUGAUCAUUUUUUCAAGUCUUAUGUUUUAUGCUGAGCUCCAAAAUCCUGGCACUUUUGAUAACAUCUUCAUUGGAUUAUGGUGGAGUAUUGUUACCAUGACAACAGUUGGUUAUGGGGAUAUGGCCCCUGAGAGCACAUAUGGGUACCUAGUAGGUGGAAUUUGCACAUUAUCAGGUAUCAUAACCACUGGAUUGGCUAUACCAAUUAUCUCAAAUAAAUUUACCAAGUACUAUGAAUAUGCAAAUAUGAAAGUAUUUUGGGAAAAAUAUCAACAAGUCAACUUCAAGAAAGCCAUUAAAAAUGGUGUAAAUGAUAAAAUAAAACCUAACCACAAAUUAUCAGAGGUUUUAGAGAGUCUUUGUUGAUUUAUUUUAUUUUGAGUAUAUUUUAUGAAAAUAUUGAAUUUUGUUAUUUACCCAAAUGCCAACUAUGACAGCUAAUAUUUGAAAAGCUCUUAACAACAUUGAUUCAUUAUAUCAUAUGUAUUGCACAAAGUGUUUGUAAAUAAAAUAUGUAAAUUUGUAGAUAAAUGUAUACAGAAAAUAUAGAAUUUGAAAUAUACUACACU